GACACCACCAGCCAUGGCCGACCCCACCUCCAUUGCCCAGCAGUUCACCCAGUUCUACUACCAGCAGUUCGACUCGGACCGCAAUGGCCUUGCCUCCCUCUACAGGGACAACUCUAUGAUGACCUGGGAGUCUACCCAGAUCCAGGGUGUCGCUGCUAUUGUCGAGAAGCUUGUCGGUCUUCCCUUUGCCAAGGUCCAGCACAAGGUCGUCACCAUCGACGCCCAGCCCUCCUCCCUCUCCGUCGCUUCCCUCAUCGUCCUCGUCACCGGUCAAUUGCUUGUCGAUGAUGGACAGAAUGCUCUCCAGUUCACCCAGGUCUUCCACGUGAGUCUUUGUGAGAGUAACAGCGGCUUUGAACAGGACGAAGUCCAAGUUUGGAGGGUGGCGAAACCGGCAUUGCGGGCAGGCGAUCCAGUGCUGACAGGUGUAUAGUUGCAACCCGAGGGUGGAAGCUACUACGUCUUCAACGACGUCUUCCGACUCAACUACGGAUAAACGACUUUAACGACGAGCUACGAGGAGAAAGCCGGUGGAUGAGGAGACCCGAUAUCUUGCUCAGAUCAGGCUAAUGCACAUAAUAAUGAUACAUAA